UCCCGUAGUGUGACUGGUUGGGGUGAUUGUGUAUGAAAAAUGGCGGCGCUGAGCAGUGAGUUCGGGGAUCUGGUCGAAAUAAAGAAACAGCUUACUGUCAUCAUAGCGCUGUGCAGGGAGAGGGGAUUAGUGCACAGUGUCAAAUGGGCUUCAGAACUUGCGUUUGCUCUUGACCCUCUUCCUAUGAAGGAGCUGCCUCCACCCCCUCCAUUUACAGAGGAAGACUCUCAGGAUCUGGAUGCUUACAGUUUAGCAAAGUCUUUCUUUGACCUGAAAGAGUAUGACCGCGCCGCAUACUUCCUGCGAGGCUGCAGAAGUCAGAAGGCAUACUUCCUUUACAUGUACUCCAGAUAUCUGUCUGGAGAAAAGAAGAAAGAUGAUGAAACGGUGGACAGCUUGGGCCCCUUGGAGAAAGGGCAGGUGAAGAACGAGUCGCUGCGAGAGCUCAGAGUGGAGCUGAGUAAGAAGCACAAAGCCAGGGAGCUGGAUGGCUUUGGUCUCUACUUGUAUGGAGUUGUACUGCGGAAGCUGGACCUCUUGAAGGAAGCCAUUGAUGUGUUUGUUGAAGCGACUCACUGCCUCCCUUUGCACUGGGGAUCGUGGUUGGAACUCUGCAACCUCAUUGAAAACAAAGAAAUGCUGAAGUCCAUGUCUUUCCCCGACACCUGGAUGAAGGACUUCUUCCUAGCUCACAUUUACACAGAGAUGCAGAUGAUUGAAGAAGCUCUGCAGAAGUACCAGAGCCUUAUCAACGUCGGCUUCUCGAAGAGCACCUACAUCAUCUCGCAGAUUGCCGUCGCCUACCACAACAUCCGAGAUAUAGAUAAAGCUUUGUCGAUGUUUAAUGAGCUAAGGGAGCAGGACCCCUAUCGGAUCGAAAACAUGGAUACAUUUUCCAACCUUCUCUACGUGAGGACUAUGAAGCCUGAGUUGAGUUACCUAGCACAUAAUCUGUGUGACAUAGACAAGUACAGAGUGGAGACCUGUUGUGUGAUUGGUAAUUAUUACAGUUUACGAUCGCAGCAUGAGAAGGCAGCAUUAUAUUUCCAGCGAGCGCUGAAGCUCAAUCCACGCUGCCUCGGUGCCUGGACACUAAUGGGACACGAAUACAUGGAGAUGAAAAAUACAUCGGCUGCCAUCCAAGCUUACAGGCAUGCGAUUGAAGUGAAUAAGCGUGAUUAUCGAGCAUGGUAUGGAUUAGGACAGACCUAUGAGAUCCUGAAGAUGCCAUUUUAUUGCUUGUACUACUAUCGGAGAGCUCACCAGCUCAGGCCGAAUGACUCUCGAAUGCUUGUAGCUUUGGGGGAGUGUUAUGAGAAACUGAGCCAGCUGGUGGAAGCAACGAAGUGUUACUGGAGAGCAUAUUCUGUGGGGGAUGUAGAAAGAAUGGCACUAGUAAAGCUGGCAAAGCUUCAUGAACAGUUGAAUGAAUCCGAUCAGGCUGCCCAGUGCUACGUCAUAUACAUUAAGGAAAUAUUUGAAUGUGGGGAGUUGCUGGAACAGGUAGAACUGAGCACUGCAUUUCGCUAUCUGGGCCAGUAUUACUUUAAAAACAAACAAUAUGAUGAUGCCUCUAUCUGUGCACAAAGAUGCUGUAAUUACAAUGAUGCCCGCGAGGAAGGGAAAUCUUUGCUUCGUCAGAUUUCACAAGUCCGAGGUCAGGCAGAAACCCCAUCAUCUGACCUGUCCCUGCCCUUUAUUUUUGGACCCUUAUCAGCAAAAAACACUCCGGUGCGGAGAAUGUCACCGCUCAACCUCUCCUCUGUAACACCGUAGAGCCUGAUGACAAGAACAGUUUCCUCUGAACCUUCUCUCCUUCCAUAACUAUUUCAGAGUAGGUGCUGCAGCCCAGAGGUUACAGGUGGAAGUCAAGCUAUUUUGUAAAUUUUUCAAAAACAGGAAGGUCUACAAUCUAUCUUUUUGCAAGUUCCUAAUGUAUUUGUUUGCAUUUUGCUAUGCCAACUCCAGUGUAGUAAUUUUAAACAAGGUGACACAGUAAAUUUGCUUAGAAUUUAUCAGUAUGCACCCAAGAAUAUUAUGAGUUUGUAUUUUUGUUAACUAAUUUUUUGAAGUUGACAUAUUGUGGCUAUACUCUUAAUGAACCAAAAUUAGGUCAAUGAAUAACUAUUUUGUGUUUGAUAUUAAAGGUGAGUGCCUGAAUAACAUUUUAAUGUUAACAAUAUUGGAGGUUAGCAAGUGAUGUGGGGAAAAAAGUAGUUUAGUUGUGCUGUGUUCACUGAAAUAUAAAAGAGCUAGAAGCAGUGGCUUUUCUAGUCUGACAGGUACAGGGUGCAGCAAGAUUUCUCUUUACUUUGCACUUCUAACUAAAGCAGUUUUGUAACUGGCUUACCUGUGCGAGAUGCAGCAUGGCCAAUAGGUGUAGUUUCUUGAAAUUAAAUGUACAUAUUGAG